GCGCGCGGCCGCUGCCAGUUUUCACCUCCCUGCGCGGGGAGUCCUGCUCUGCCCGGCCGCGGAGGCGCCUGAUUGGCCAAGCCCGGGACGCUGUCGCCUAGCGGGGCUCCGCCCAGACGCUGGACAUGGCUGACUGACUGCUAAGAGACAGCGUGGGCCAGACAUGACCUCCGCUCUCAAGGCCCUGCCCAACAUCCACAGAGCCUGCAUGAUCCCAGCCUAUCGGGGCCAAGUAUCUCACCCGCGCAGUAUGUCUCUCUGGGAGCACGGGCUGCACCUCUUCCGCAGCGCCGUGGGUGUCGUCCUGCCGGCCCCCAUGCUGAGAAGGGCCCUGGUGCUCAAAGCAGAUGGCUGCCCCAGGCUGGUCGUGAGGGACCGGGUUUUCCCUGUGAGGAGGAACCUGUAUCUGGUGGGCUUCGGGAAGGCUGUGCUGGGAAUGGCAGCCGAGGCAGAGGAGAUCCUCGGGGACCACCUAAUUCAGGGGGUUGUCAGCGUCCCCCAUGGCAUCCGGGCAUGCCUGCAGCAGGCGGGAAUGGAGGAGAUGUUACUGAAGCCUCACAGCAGGAUCCAGGUCAUAGAAGGAGCUAAGCACAACCUCCCUGACAGAGAGGCUCUGAGGGCAGCCAGCAUGAUUCGGGAGCUAGCUGAAGGCCUGACAGCUGACGACCUCCUCCUUGUGCUGAUCUCAGGAGGCGGAUCAGCCCUACUGCCUGCUCCUACUCCUCCGAUCCUCUUGGAGGAGAAAGAGAAGGUCACCAAGCUUCUGGCUUCCAGAGGCGCUACCAUACAGGAGCUCAACACCAUCCGGAAGGCCCUUUCCUUGUUGAAAGGUGGAGGGUUGGCCCGGGCUGCAUAUCCUGCACAGGUGCUAAGCCUCAUCCUCUCUGAUGUCAUUGGCAACCCAGUGGACAUUAUUGCGAGUGGCCCCACUGUCUACAGUUCCCCCAGUGCUCAAGGCUGCCUUCAGAUAAUGACAAAAUACAAUCUGAUGAGCACCUUGCCCAGAUCUGUGAAAACAGUGCUGUCCAGCUCCGUCUCAGAUCCCAGUGGUCCGAAAGACUAUUCCCACGUCUACAAUGUUGUCAUUGGUUCAAACAGUUUAGCUUUAGAGGAGGCCAAACGCCAAGCAGAGGAUUUGGGCUACUGGACCCUGAUUUUGAGUGCAGGGGUGUGUGGGGAGGUCAGCAGAGUAGCCAAACUCUACAGCCAGCUGAUUCAGUUUGUUUGCUUGAGCACAGCUGGACUUGGAGAAGGUCCUCUAAGAGACCAGGUGAGAGGACAUCUUCUAAAGCUGGCAGCAGAGCUAGAGAUCCCAGGUUUGAACCUUGUGGAUUCUUUGAAGGCUUUGCAAGGAUUGGAGUCUGAAAGAUCGAUUUGCCUGCUGGCUGGUGGAGAGACCACUGUCCCGCUUCAAGGAAAUGGGAAGGGUGGGAGGAACCAGGAGUUGGCCUUACAGGUGGCAUUGGAGUUACACCGAGCUAAGGCCACUGGGGCUGGCUACUUCCUUGGGAAAUGUGAAGUCCUGUUCCUCAGUGGUGGGACUGAUGGACAAGAUGGGCCAACAGAGGCAGCUGGUGCCUUCUCUAGCCAGGAGCUGGUGGAUAAGGCUGCUCAGGAAGGUCUUGAUGUGGAGACGUUUCUGAGCAACAAUGACUCCUACACAUUCUUCAGUAAGUUCCAAAAUGGACAUCACCUUUUGCUGACUGGUUUAACAGGCACCAAUGUCAUGGACAUCCAGGCUAUUUUAAUUAGGGCUAGAGACAGAUAAGGAGAGCACCUCUGCAAACUCCUGUUUUUAAUUAGAGGCAUUGGUGAAAAAUGAAGGUACCAAUGUUCUGGAGAAAUCCAGACUGCUUAAAUUAGGGACAGCUGGCGAGGGCACUAAUAUCGUGGCUGUAAAAGCUACAUUAGUAAGGCACAUGGGUGGGUAACCAUGACUAUGUUCAAUCUGUUAAUUAGGAUCAGAGUAAGGUAAGAUAACACCAGCAUUAUGGGCAUUGGGGCUGCAUUAACACCUUCCUGCUGAAGAGCCAGUAACAUACUGCAUUUUGGUUGCAAGUGGGGUUGUUGGACAUCUGACACCCAGCCUGAAGCUCUAGGUUGCCGUUGUGACUCUCAUUACAUACAAAGCUAACAAGGUAUAUUAGACUAGUCCAUAGGGCCCUAAAUCCAGUGCACUGCAAGUUCAGCGGAGAUUAGCACAUGGCAUCAGUUUAACUUUGGUCUUGGAUACAGGGCGAAAACACCCCCAGCUGUGGCAUUAACACCAUGUUAGGUGAAGAACGGUGUGAACCAUGAUUCAGAUACACUAGUGCAGAAACCAUCUGAACGUGAGACCUUCUCCCCCACUAUGUAACCUUCUCUGCCCUGGUGUGGUGACAUUUCCACCUUGUGGUUGGUAUUUUGUGUGUGUGUGUUACAUGCAUUCAGAGUAUUACCACCAAACCGGUCAGAAAGCAAUACAGCCUCUAGCCUAAGUCAUUGACCUUUUUACUGUAUAAAGUCAGUAGUCGCUGUCGUUCUGAUUAACUCCUCUAACGCCAUAGAACAUCUAAAUUCAACUCUCCUGACCCCUAUUGCUGCACUGAUCAAAGGGCAAAGCAGCUGGGGCUGUUGCUCUGUCAAACAGCAGAUCCCUCCAGCCUUUGGGACAAUGCGGAACACCAGCUACUUCAGCUUUGUCAUAAAUUAAAAUCAGAUUCUGCCUUGCCAUGCUCAGCUCAGUUCCCAACGUGACACCUGAGGCCAGGUUUUCUAAGGGGCACAGCAGUCAACAUCUUCAUCUCUUAUGAAGAUCUGGCCGCUUACUGCGGUGCCUAAAUGGGAGCUGAGCUCACUUGAAAUUCCAGCCCUGAUUUAAAACAUUUGAUUCAAAGGGUUUGCAGAUGGAUGUAGCUGUGCCGUGUGGCUGAUCUAACUUUGCAACAUAAGUAUACCAUCCUAUUAAUGCCAUAAACAGUGAAAUCAUUGCACAGUCAUGCUUAGCAAGAUUCAAAGAGGGACUAGACAUUUAUAAUAACAAGAAUAUCCAAGAAUAGCUAAUGCUAAUAAUAUUUUUGGAGGGCAUAUAAAACUUCAUGCUUUUUGGUUUUAAGUCAAUCCCUAUGCAAUAGAGAUUAGGAUUGGAUCUACAUGUCUACUGAGGGAUUUCUUGCGCCUUCCUCUGAGGCAUCUGGGCACUGGUAACUAUCGGAGACAAGAUCCUGGACUAUAUGGAUCUUGAGUCUGAUUCAGUCUGGCAGAUCUUAUGUUCUGAUGUGUGAUCUUGUGAUUCAGGCAUAGAUUUGGGAACCAGACAAGCUAGAUCCUAUCCCAGCUCUGCUAACACUCCCAUAUAUAACCUUGGGCAAGUCACUAACAUUCUGAGGCUCAAUUUCUUCUAUAACAUGGGGGUGACCAUCUUUACCUACCUCCCAGGGGUUUUGUGAGGCUAAAUUUGCUAGUGGUUGCAAAGUGCUUUGAAACCCACUGCUGGAAGGUGCUAGAGACCUACGACAUAUGAUAAACUGGAGGCAUGAAUACAAUGUCAGGGUGCAGACUGUGGAGGAAAGUUUGUUCUGGAGUGUGUGUGUUUGAAGGUUUCUCCGUGGAGUGGAGAAUGCCAUUUGAAUUUCCCUGUGUGUGUGGCGCCUACCAUAGUGGGACCCUCAUCUGAUUGGGUCCCUGUGCAUGACUGCAGUGAAAAUAGCAUGAAUAAAUGCAAAGGGAAAAUGAAUGUGUUCAAAGAGCUUGUUUAUGGGGUGAGGACAAUUGGUUGGACAGCCAUGUUAGUUACUUAGCACCUAAUCCUGCUC